AUGCAUCAGUUAGUUGAGCAGUUCUUGAAGUUAAAGCACCCUAAGUUUGAUGGUAAAGGCGACCCCGAGGCUGUAUCGUUGUGGAUAGAGGAAUUGGAAAAGGCUUUUGAGGUACUAGGGUGCACCAAGGAAGAGAAAGUAACCUUGGCGGUGUACAAGCUCCAAGGAAAUGUGAGUGAUUGGUGGAAGGCCACCAGAGGAAGAGUGCUCCUUGCUGGUACCGCUCAGACUUGGGUUAUGUUCGUUGAAGUCUUCAAUGGCAAGUACUUUUCUGAGAGUGCACGGGAGCAAAAGUUGGCUAAGUUCAUGAGGCUUCGUCAGGGACAUAUGACAGUAGACCAGUAUGGGGCAGAAUUUGCUAGAUUGUCCAAGUUUGCCCCGAGGAUGGUGGAGGACCCGUUGGAUAGGGCCCGAAGGUUUUGA